AUGGAGAUAACAACAACCUCAUCACCACCCAAAAACACAGAAUUCGAGUUCCAAAUGCCAUUCUCUUGCAGCGACGACAAAAAGACACCGGAAAACAAAACUUCGCCGGCCGACGAGCUUUUCUACCGGGGAAAACUCCUCCCCCUCCACCACCCGCCACGUCAGCAGCCGGCCGAGGGCCUCGCGGUGGAAAUUUCGGAUAUGCCCUCCCAACGCUCGAAAUCCCCUUUACCGGAAUCUUGCUUCCGGCGGCCGAGCUCCGACGGAAUUCUCCGCCAAGAUUGCGACUUUUUCGAAUUUCCCGGCGAGUUAGGCCGGUUUACCGAUAACCUUCGGCCGGCGAAAAAGCCACCGUCCGACAGCCUCAAGCUCGUCAAAAGGUCCCCAAUUGCUUAUCUGAAAUCGCUCUUCGCAAAAUCUGCUUGCGAUUUCUCGUGGGGAGGUCGUAAAUUGUCCAAAGGCGAGGCCCUUUUGAGCAAAUUCUUCAAGAUUCCUAAAAGGGCCCGUUUUUCUGGGGGCACUGACUACAGCGGUGGCCGGAAAUCGUUUUCCGGUGCCGUCAGAAGGCAUUCUCCGACAAAGUGCUUCUCUUCGUCUUCAUCGAAUUCAGCUUCGUCCUCGUGUUCGUCCUUCUCGUUGAGAUCCAACGGCCAGGUCGAGCUGGGAUCUUCUUUCAGGAUGAGCAACUGUGCGGAUGAGAUUGAGGCCUCGAUCGAUGCCGCCAUUGCCCACUGCAAAAGGUCUCUGCAGAUUUAUGAGGCGGCGGAUUUAAGUGGAGCCGAUGAAGAUGGCAAAGGGACAGUCUCUUUGUAG